GGCGGCGGCUUCGGAAUAGGCGCCGGGAACGCCUUGGUAAGCGACGUGAGGCUUCGGACCGUCCAUUGGAGCGGGAGAGUGGUCAAGCUCUGUGUGCGAGGGUUUCUGUUCACGGCGGCGGCCAGAAAAUGACGACGGAGGCGACGGCGGAGCGCUCGAUUUGCUGCUCUUGGGAUACAACCUGGUUUGGCAGGGAAGAACAGUCACAGAGAUGGCUCUUUUUAUUCAGGGAAAUUACCGAACCAUUUAAUUUAAGGUAAAAAUUUUGUACUUAAUCGGUUAAUUUAUUAUUAUUUUUUAUGGCUAAAUCACAUUCAUUAUCUGA